UGUAGGAACUCAGAGAUCAUCAAACUGAAGAAAUUGACUGUCUCUCCAACCACACACAGGACAAACAAAAGACAUUCCUUUACAACAAACAAACCUAAGAUGGCUCCAGGCCGUCUAGGUUAAAUGACCGAUUGUUAAACAUUAAGGGAUGUUAAUGGUCAUCAGAAUGCAGGAACACCCCAAUAAAAGGGUAUAAAUUACCCCUCAGUGGAGCUGGAACCGGAACAGAGCUGGAACUGGAAGAGACCUUGCACCAGAAGACCCCAAGGCUUUCCUUGCUGAACAUCGCCUAACUCGACCCUUCACCCAGCCGUCCAGACUCCAUCCUCCCUCUCUGGCGACGAUCAGCAACUUCCCCAAGAUCCUCCAACUCUGGUCCGACUAGAACCUGCUGACCACCAACGACUACUUCCAUUCACCACCCAAGCAAAGCAAGUAUUGAUACCUCCCAACUUCAUUAAUCUGGUGCAAUAACACUUAGAAUUCUCUAACCUAUUCACAAGUUAAUGCCGACAUAUUGAUGGUUCACUCAGGUCAGGGUCUAGUGACUUCUCAUACUUUUGUCUAAGAAUUGUUGUCUGAUUGUUAUCACUGGUUCUUCUCAUGCCAUAUUCCUACGUGUAUGAGUGGGUAUGUCUGUGUGUGUGUUAGUUGUAUGUAGUAGUCUUAGUCUAUGUGUGUAGUAGCUUAGUGUAAUAAAGUCUUGUCAGUGUUCAGGGUGAUGUUGUGCUGUGUUUUCUUGCUCACCAUCUAAGUUCCUAAGGUGCCUGAUCUUAGUACCCUGCUCUAGAAAGGUCAUCAUCUGAGGAAGUAUUAUUCCCGGUGGCCACGGUAGUGAUAACUUACCAGAGUUGGUAGAUGCCUCACUAAACAUUUUGGUGGACGAAAUGAGCAAUUAAUGCCGUAAAUUAAUUCUGAUAAUAUUUCCCCAAGAUAAUCAAUAUUGCAGUUGCAUUAAUGACCUUUACUCCCAUAAUAAAUGGAGGAUCAACAUCUAAGUCGACAUCUAAGUGAGCUAAAUUCCUUACAACUCUAAAAAGUAUAUAUCAUCUAAACAUUAUCAUUUCUACUGAAAGGACACUAGCAACUUUAAUGGUUCCAACUAGAAUUAACACUCUAUGGAACAAAUGCACUUACAUCAGCCUUCAUAAUGACUGAACUAACAGAACCCAACAUAAUUACUUAACUAACUAUACACACAAAUCAUACACCUGACUGAAAAACACAAAGAUGGUGAACCAAGAAAACUUUACUGCAACAUUAAUCUUUGAUGGUGGAGUGGCUAGCCUCUUUAUGUCCCAGGGCGUUAUCUUCUGUUUUCUUCUGCCUCUCAGUUUUAGUUGCUGUCAUAGUUAGUCUAGCCGAAGUCCCUGCUCACACUCUGCACACAAUGUAAAUCCCUCUCUCUCUCUCUCUCUCCCUCUCUCUCUCUCUCUCUACAAAUGCUACUCCUGAGAUGCCAUUGAUCCUGACCCCUUCUGCUCUCUGGACCUGCCUGAUCCAUCCUGAUGCCCGACUUGUGGUUGGAAACCACUCGCAGCUGCUGUGGAUGGCUCCAUAUGAACAACCUAAAGUUCUAUGAGAUUCUGUCCAUGAAUUGGCAAAAGUGUUCAGGGACGACUCAGCUGCAGAGUUCUGUUUAGUGGCUCCGACACAGCUGCUGGUUUUUAAACGCUUUCACACAGACGAUACAUGGAGGCGCAAGAUGAUCACAUUGCCUGGCAAAAUGAAGUUGUCUCAGCAGAGCAACAAACUCAGAGCAUUAAAGAGAUAGAUAAUGUCCUGAAGAGAGUGCCUCUAACACCCUUUAACAGCCAAAACAAGGAGAAUGUCUUACUGAAUGGUUCCUCUAAUGGUACACAAGCUUCAGGUAGUCAGAUCACACAGAAUGGACGUCUGAAAUCACUGAACCCAUUUCUACAUCCAGCUCAGACCACAGUCAAUGGGCUCAGCUCAACAACCACAAACCCGUUUUUUACUCAAGGCAAAGACUCCAGUGCGACUGUUUCCAGAGACAACAACAAAGACUUAAUGUUAAGGCUUGGACAAAGUAAUGUGUGGUCUCACCUUCCAACAUCUUCUACACCAUCACUUGAGAAUGACUGGGCUGUUUUCCCACCUCCUACUCUAAGCCAGGAAACAAACCAAACCACAUUCCCCAGUCAAAAAUGGGACAUAUUCCAAGAUUCAAACUCUUCCAGAAUUUCCCAAGCUGGACUAAGCAAUCAGAAAACAAACAUUUUUCAACCUUUCAAAGAGGAAACCAGUGUCUCCCAGAGCAUGAUGGGCAAUCAGAAAACAUCCAAUGAGAGGGAUUAUCUCUUAGAAUACAUACUAGCCAAUCAAAAGAAUGAUGAGCAACCCAUUCAUUCUACCACAGCAUCCAAUCAUCUGGAUGUUUUUGAAGACUCAUCUAGUUUUUUAUCUUCUCCAGUAAUCAACGAUGACAUUUUCACAAACCCUGCUGCAACUCCGUCGAAUGAUAUCUUUCAAACUCCUGUGUCUAAUGUACAGAACAGAGUAUUUCAAAAUAUCCAAUUAUUUCAGACUCCAGCAUCCGUCCAGAAUGAUAAUUCUCACUUAUCUGAUAAUUCAGCUGUGAAUAAUGGACAGAUCAAGCCACAGGACGGCACCUUUGACAAAAUGUUCAUGCCUACAGAGCUGAAUCAUGGAAUACUCCAGGAGACCUCCACAUUGCCUUCACCUCUUAAUGCACCAACAAAUGGAGGGCUGAUGUUUAGAAGACGACCCCCCAAACCAGCCCCAUGCAGUAAGCCUCCUAAGAAUCUUAAUCAGAGUAUCAACCAUGACAUUUUUUCCAAACCUGCUGUAUCUGUACCUGCUGAUCAGAAACCUGCUCAGACUCUGUUAGCACCCACCUGGGCAACUCCCAUAUCCAUACCCGCUGUUCCACGUACUACAACUAAUAUCCAGGACACCAUGCUAGCAGAUGAAGUUUAUGAGGACGUUCUUUUCAUCGGCCAGGAGAAGUGUGUGGAGGACUGGCCAGAGGGCAGCCCAGAGCUUAACCCUGACUGGAAACCUGCUGGGAAAUUAAAAUUAAGGAGGGAGUCUUUGAGGAUUGCUCUAGAAUCUGAGGCAGCCCAAAAUACAGACUCUCUCGGGAAGAAAUCUGGCAAAUCAAAAAUGAAGUUGAGAGUCUCUAAAAGAGGAUCAAAGGAUAAAUCAGGGGAUGACCCGAGGGUUCACCAAGUGUCAAAGGAAAAAUAUCCUGACAACUUGAACGGUGCCUACAGUGAAACUUUGCCUUGGGGAACAAAGUUCCAUGCAACAGAUGACCUUUUGUUGUCUGAACAAGAAGAUCAGAAUGCAAGAAUGAAGAGCAAUUCAGUGAAGACUAAAAAGACAAAAUUCAUAGUUCCUCAUUUGCAUUAUCGAGGAUCCAAGAAAAAAUCUCUUGGUGAAGUUUUUGAAAAUGGAUCACCGGUUCUGCAAGCCUCCAAGAGUGAACUGAUUCAGGAGUCAUACGAAGACAAGCUGAGGAACAGUGAACAUAAAGAGAAGGAACCACUGAAAUUCAAACCCCUUCUGUCUCACCAUCUAGCCAAGGAUACUAUUGAAGAUGAUCUGAAGAAGAUGAAUGGCCUUUCGUUUUUGGAAGAAUCAAAGGAGAACGUGUCUGUAAAAGCUGAGAGUGAAAAUCGUCGUUUCUCUGCAGACUUACUCGCAGAGUACCAGCAUGAGACAUUCUCUCCAAAAUCUUCAGACAGCAGUGGAAAAAUACAAGAAUUACAAGACUGUCGACCAGUUUUACAGAAGAGAUCUAUGAAAUUCAUCGUUCCUUACUUGUCUCGGAAAGGAUCGAAGAAUACCCCGGAGGAUGAUAUCCCAGAGAAAGGUGCUGAUUUGUUUAAAGCCAGUGAUAUUAAAGGAUUGGAAAUCAAUGUAUCUGAAGAUUAUAGUCAGAUGAGGAAGUCUCCUAUACAAAGGGUUUCACCAAUAAUUCAGACAGACUCAAAGGGCCUAAAUAAUGCAGAGAAAGGAGAGGAUCUUUUUAAAGCAAGAGACAAUGCAGAUGACUGGAUGGAGAAGCAUACUAUGGACUCAAAAACAGAGAAGCUGAAAAAAGCAUAUCUGCCAAGCAGCGAAUCAAAGGCCAAGGACCAAGUGUACUUUCCUGAAGACAUUGAACCACCAGGUGCUACUUCUGGUGAUUAUUACCUUUCAGAAGCAGCUAAGGCUGAGUGGAUGUCCUCCCAGAUGGAUGUGAGGCGAACAAGAGCACCGGACGAAGAUGAGGAACUGGAAGGAGUGAAGGAGGAAGAGGACGGGGACACUGACAGUCUGAUGGAGUGGUGGGACACAGUAGAAUUAUGGGACGAACUGCCAUCAGAUGAGGAAAUCAGUGUAAUGGAGGAUGAGACUAAAUCUUUCACUGAGAUCGCUGACAAAGUCCACCAUGGUCUCAGAGUUUUCUAUAAAGUUUUCAUCGAGCAAGCCGAAGUCCUGUACCAGGACGUGCUCUGCCUCUACGCCAUAGGUGACGAUCUCGAUAACUUCCACCGCCGCACUAAGAUCGCCAACAUCACAGGUGGUACAACCACAGCUGUGGGUGGUGUAGCAGCCAUUGCUGGCCUGGCACUGGCACCUGUCACACUUGGGGCUUCUCUGAUUGUGUCUGCUGUUGGGCUGGGAGUAGCAACUGCGGGUGGUAUCACAACAGCUUCGGCCACCAUAUCAGACAAUGUCCACGACAUGAACGACCGUAAGAAGAUCGAGGUGGUGGUGCAGGACUACGAGAGCCGACUGGCGGAACUACGGCGCUGCCUGAGCUUUGUGGCUGAAGGUGUGCGCAGACUGCGCUUCCACCCUCUUCUUCGCCGUAAUAAUUACUACGCCGGUGACUGGGAGGUGCGGCGAGCUCUUCAGACCAUCAGCCUGGUGGGAGAUCCAAUAGAGCAGGCCGAGGACAUUGUGGAGAAUUCCACGAUGGCUCUGAACAGUGUGUGCAAAGGCAUGGAUAAUUACUUUUGCAAGGAUUCGAAGGAGCUGAAGAAGGGCUGCAAGAAGGAGGUGACAAUGCAAGUGAAUAUGUUAGCUAAGCUGCUGCAUGAAGGCUUAGUAGCACUCAAUUCCAUACGUGAGCAUCUCAUGGAAGCUACUGGACAUGUUUAGAACAGGAAAUAGAUAAAUAAAGAAUUUAAAAUUUGAUUGUUUUCUAAGUUUUAUCUAGAACUGGUCACAUGCUACACAUGAUGGAAAAGUGUGACUCAGUUCCUUCUACUAUUGUAUCCUAGUGUAUUAAAUGAAGAAGAGACUUGUGACUUCCUUGUCCUCUGACAAGGUCAAGAAAGAUCACAUGUCCAAUACGCAUAUAAAGUAUGAAUGUAAAA